AUGGGGCAGGGCGCUUCGCGCCGUGAUGGGCGGCAGAACGAGGCGGCGCGCGGCGGCAGCCAUGGCGGCAUCCUCACGGGCUGCGACGUGCUGCGCGCCGAGUCGUUCGAGAGGCUGCGUGGGAGCAAGGUCGGGCUGAUAGCCAAUGCCACGUCAGUGCUUCGAGAUCUCACACACUUGGCAGAUGCCAUGCAUGGUUUCACAACUGUGCACUCCCCACCUCUCUUCCACCUCUCAAACUUGCCCCGUCACUUCCGCUCUCCCUUCCUCUUCCCUCCAUCCCACAAUCACACAGGCAGACGCCAUGCAUGGUUCCACGGCCGCACACCCCCAACCGCCCUUCCACCUCUCAAACUUGCAUCCCGUGCCCCAUCACUUGCAUCCGGUGCCCCAUCACUUGCAUCCCGUGCCCCAUCACACAGGCAGAUGCCAUGCAUGGUUUCACAACUGUGCACUCCCCACCUCUCUUCCACCUCUCAAACUUGCCCCCUCACUUCCGCUCUCCCUUCCUCUUCCCUCCAUCCCACAAUCACACAGGCAGACGCCAUGCAUGGUUCCACGGCCGCACACCCCCAACCGCCCUUUCGCGUCUCAGAUGGUUCCACAGCUAUGCACUCCCUAGGCGAAAUGCAUCCCUUGUCUCAUCGCGUUGAGGUAAACGCCAUGCAUGGUUCCACAGCUGCGCACCCGCAACCUCCCUUCCCACCUCCUAACCAGCUCCCCUGUUUCUCCCACCUCUUUUCCCUCACCCUUCUUCCCUCCAUCCCACAAUCACACAGGCAGAUGCCAUGCAUGGCAGAUGCCAUGCAUGGUUCUACAAAGUACUACCAACAACUACUGAUGCCAUGCAUGGCAGACGCCAUUCAUGGUUUCACGGCUGUGCACUCCCAAGCUCCCUUCCACCUGGUGGCCAUCUUUGGCCCUGAGCACGGGUUCAGAGGCACAGCGCAGGCAGGCAAGUCAGAAUCCGCCUCUAAAGACCCCAAGACCGGUCUCCCCAUAUUCGAUCUGUACGGCAAGGAUUCCCAAUCCAUAGCCAAGUGUUUUGAAGCCUCUGGCGCUGAUACCAUUGUGUUUGACAUUCAAGAUGUUGGGGCUCGUUUCUACACCUUCAUCUGGACGCUCUACGACUGCCUCGUGGCAGCUGCCCUCUGCCCGUCCAUUCGCCGCUUCCUCGUACUCGAUAGACCCAACCCACUGGGAGGGGUGGUGGUGGACGGACCAAUAACAGAGCCUCAACACGCUUCAUUUGUUGGCAGGAAGGCCAUCCCUCUACGCCACGGCAUGACAGUGGGAGAGCUCUCGCUGCUCUUCCUCUCUGAGUUCCUCCCACCUGAUCCCCACCUCGCCAAGCUCAAUGGCGGCGGCAGUGCCACCAGCAGCAGCAGCAGCAGCAGCAGCAGCGGCGGCGGCACCACCACCACCAGAAACAGCAGCGGCGGCGGCAGCAGCAGCAGCGGCUCCAGCCAGCCCUUCGCCCCGGCGUUCAAGCUUGAAGUGGUGCAGAUGGAAGGCUGGUCUCGCUCCUCCUCCCCCUUCUUCCCUUUCUUCCCCUGCCCUCAACCUCUCCUUUCUCCUGCAGCACUCACCUCUCGUUCCCCUGCCCCCGUCUCAGCUCCUCCCCCUUCCCCCUCUCCCUCCCCUUCACACUCUGCCUCACCGGUAACAGCUUCUUUCAAGCAGCAAAAUGUCUCAAUAGAAGCACCGUCAUCGUCGUCUAUAAGUCCACCCGCUACAGUGGCAGCUCUGUUAUCAUCUGCUACAGUGGCAGGUGCUACAGCUGCAGGUGCUACAGUGCCCACAGCGCUACAGCCGCUGCUGUGGGUCCCACCGUCGCCCAACAUGCCCACACCAACCACUGCUCUCGUCUAUGCUGGGACUUGCCUCAUCGAGAGGUGUGGUGAAGAGGCUGUGUGUGGGUCCGAACAAAUGCUGCCUGGCAUGCCCUGCCCAUGCCCACCACUGCUUGUGAGUAUGAGUGAGGUGUGGUUGAGACGCUGUCCGGGUCCCACCGUCGCCCAACAUGCCCGCACCACACCCACCACUGCUCUCGUCUAUGCUGGCGUGUGUCUCAGGAAGGUGCAGCAGCGCGGCCGAGCAGCAGCGCAGCCGAGCAGCAGCGUAGCCGCGAAGCCGAGCAGCCGUGUAGCCGCGAAGCCGAGCAGCAGCGCAGCCGAGAAGCUGAGGGUGCCAGCUUCGAGCGCACCUAUCACCUACCAUCGGCGGUCCCACCCUCCGGCCCCACCUCCUCCCCCGGUUCCCCCCACCACAGAGGAACCCGCUCUCCCACAGUCGCCCGAGCUGAUCACGUACCACCGGCGGCCCAUUCCCCCGCCCAAGCCUCCUAAGUCAACCCCUCCGACACCGCCUGCCCCACCCUCUUCUUCGGUGGCUCAUGGCACUCGUUCGCAUGGCGCGGCUCUUCCACUAGCACUGGUUCUUCGAUACACGGCGAUCACACCGCCUCCUCCUACUGGGGGGGAUGUGCCCUCUACCCUUCUGGAAGACAGGCAUGAGGAGCUGUCUCGAGAAAACUUUGAGAUCAAAUCCAUGGAUGCGUCAUCCGCCUUCCUACAAGGACGUCUCAAGGAGACGGUGUUCAUGGACAGACCAGAAGGCUUCCCAGGAGAAUUCCCUCCCAACACUGUCUGGAAGCUGAAUCGCCCCGUCUACGGCCUUAAGCAAGCCCCUCGCGAAUGGCACAACAAGGUGAAAGAAGUCCUCCUCUCCCUGGACUUCCAUCCUUCAACUGCUGACCCGACUCUCUUCAUCCGCCGUCAUUCUGAGCCAUUCUACAUCCUGGUCUACGUGGAUGAUUUCAUCCUCGUUGCCAAGGACUCGGCCUAG